GACGCUAAUAAAAUGAUUGCAAAGAUACAAAAAGUAAUGUUCCACAACAGCAAUGCAGUGCCGAUCCUCGCCUAAAGAAGACAUCACACAACUUGUUGAAUAUGCCAUCGAUAAAGGCUACAGACAUUUCGACUGCGCUCAUUGUUAUGGCAACGAGAAGGAAGUGGGUGCUGCUAUCAACGCGAAAAUAAGGGAAGGUGUUGUGAAGAGAGAAGACCUGUUUAUCACCAGCAAGCUGUGGAAUACGUUUCACAGCCCCAAUUUGGUUGAACCAGCCAUUAAACAGACGCUAGCCGAUCUUGGUCUCGAUUACAUAGAUCUCUAUUUAAUUCACUGGCCAUUUGGAUUCAAAGAGGGCAAUAAUCUCUUCCCUCUAAAUCCUGACGGUACCUUCACUUUGAGCGACGUAGAUUACCUCGAUACGUGGAAGGCCAUGGAAGGUUUGCUGGCCAAAGGUCUGACGAAAAACAUCGGUGUCAGUAAUUUUAAUUCCGAGCAGAUUGCCAGAUUACUCAAGAAUGCAACAGUUAAACCAGUUACAAAUCAGAUCGAAUGCCAUCCAUGCUUAACGCAAAAUAAACUGUCUGAUUUUUGCAUGGAAAAGGGUAUUCUUAUUACAGUGCACAGUCCAUACGGGUCACACCAGAGAUCUUUGUUCGAUUCAAAUAAUAUUCUACAAUUGUUAUACGACAGGCAAAUAAGGAAGCUUGAACGAAAAUAUCUCAAGUCUGAGGCACAAUUACUUAUUCGUUAUCAACUGGAUCGUGGCCAUAUAGUGAUUCCCAAGUCAUCUACCAAAUUACACAUCGCUGACAACUUGGAUGUAUUCGACUUCGAACUUUCAGUUGACGAAAUUAUUGAUAUUGACCAGCCUGAUUGCAAUGGUAGACUUUAUGAUAUGAAAAUGGCAAGUGCCAGUCCGUAUUACCCGUUCCAUAUUCCAUUCUAAGUAAUCAAAAUGAGUAAGUGAGGCUCCAUGUGUGUGUGUCAUUUAUUCAAGUUUAUGCAUUAAAGCGCU